AUGGGUGCAAUCGACUACGGCAAUAUCACGCUCAUACCGCAGGGCACGGCGUAUGGCCUACUCAUCGGUCUCGCCGUGCUCUUUUGCUGUGUCAUCUUGAUCGCGGUCAAAUUACAAAAGGUCUACCUUGAGGAGGAUUCGGGAAAAUCAGAGAUGUUCAUGGUCGCCAAUCGUACAGUGGGAACUGGUUUAACAGCUUCAGCGGUGUUUUCGUCGUGGAUGUGGAUUAACGAGACCGUGUCUUCGGCUCUCAAUUGCUAUCGGUUUGGCCUUUCUGCCCCAAUGUGGUAUGGAUCGGCCCUCUGCUUCCAAAUCGCUCUGAUGGCCGUGAUGGGCGUUCUGUCCAAGAUCCGUGUGCCCUACGCGCACACUUCGCUCGAGAUCGUACGCAUGCGGUACGGACAGAUAGGGCAUAUUGCUUUUAUCUGCUUGAACCUUAUUCAGAACAUUUUUGGAUGCUCCAGCAUGAUCCUGACCGGCUCCCAAUUGAUCAAUGGUAUUUCGGGAAUGCACUUUGCGGCGGCAACCAUUCUUGUUCCGUUGGGAGUUGUGCUAUAUACGGCCGUUGGAGGUCUGAAAGCCACCUUCCUGACAGACUUCUUCCAUACGGCUAUCGCGCUUAUCCUGAUCCUCUGGUUUACGUUUGGUGUCCUCGUUCAUGAACAGAUUGGUGGACUAUACGGACUAUACGACAAAGUGAUAGCUCUUGAGGAUCAUGACACCGCAUUCUGGCAGAAGUCUUUUGCAACAGAAGUGAAGGCUACGGUCCCCGGAUAUAACUUGGCAGCACUGUGCAUCUUCGGCGUCCCCUGGGCCCUGGGCACCGUUAUUGGUCUUUCUUGCCGCGUCAUUCAUACUCUUCCCGUCUUCCCGACCUAUCCUAACCCCUUUACGCAAGAUCAAGUGCUUACUGGCUUCGUGAUGCCUUACACCAUCAAAGCUCUACUGGGCAGUGGCGGUGUGGUAGGCUUUUUCCUCUUGAUGUUCAUGGCCCUGACCAGUACUGUUUCCUCGUCGAUGAUCGCGGUUAGCAGUAUCCUCUCCUACGAUCUGUACAAGACAUACAUCAAUCCAAAAGCCACCGAUAAGCGAGUGGUUAGCGUUAGCCAUCUGGCCGUGUGCUUCCACGGCGUCUUCAUCGCAGGAUUCUCCCUCGCACUUAACUACGGUGGUGCUAACAUGAACUGGAUCAAUUACUUUGUUCCCAUGCUAACCUGUCCUGGUAUUAUGCCGCUUAUCUUCACCUUGACCUGGUCUCGCCAGACGCGGCUCGCCGCAGUGGUUGCUCCGAUCCUCGGUAUGGGUUCGGGAAUAGCAGUCUGGCUAGGAGCAACGUACUCGAUGUACGGCGUCCUCAAUAUGGACACGACGCAGGAGCAAGCGCCAGCUAUUUACGGGGCUAUAACUGCACUCUUCUCACCAGCACUAUACUCCGUCCUCAUCUCAUUCUACAAGCCCUACGUCUUCGACUGGCGCAAUUUCCUCCGCAUCGAACUCGCCGACGACCAGUCCGCUUCUCCUCCGUCCUCAUCCCCCAACGAAACCGAAUCAGAGCACGAGUCCUCCGAAAAUGACAAACAUCCCACAACAUCCACAAGACCUACAACAGACCUCGACAACGUCAGCUCCCCCUUCGACGCCGAAACGCUCCGCCUCCUGCACCGCUGGUACCGCAUCGCAUGGAUCAUGUUCGUAACCAUCCUCUUGCUAACAUGGGUGCUAUGGCCGCUGCCACUAUACCGCAACUGGAUCUUUAACAAGCCGUUCUUUGCGGGAUGGGUUACUGUUGCAAUUAUUUGGCAGUUUGUUGCGUUUGGAGGUGUUGUAAUUUUCCCCCUGUAUGAUGGGCGGCAUGCUAUUGCGAAGGGGUUCCGGGGAUUGAGAGGGAGUAUUCGGUCUGCUUUGAGGAAGUAA